UUUUUUUUUUUUAAUGCAAGCAUCCCGCGUUAAUGAAGCGCUCACGUUAGGACGCAAACACGCAGGAAGCAAACGCGGGGAGAUUAUUACCCCGCGCAUACACCCUCCCUCUUUUUUGUCUUUAAUUGCUUGUUUGGAAACAGAUGUUCGCAGCUAAUUUCGCCUCUAAUGGGAUGAUUCAUUGAGUCGGGGAACGGUUGCAAGCCUUUGCAGUAAAUUAGUGCAACAAAGAAAAGGCUAAUCCCUGCUGUUUGUCUUAGAUGAAGUCUAAAAAGUGCACAGGUUUACGGAUAUCAUCAUACGCACGGAAACCACUAAGAAACGACCGAUUAAUUGAAUGAAAACCUGAAGCCGCGUGCCAUAUACAAGAAAAAUUAUUAUUAUUAAUAAUAAUAAUAAUAAUAAAAACUACUUCCAUAGGUAUCAUUGAUUGGAAAUGUUUAUUAUAGCAUGCUAUCCCUGUUUAAUUUUAUUAAUCUAAAUAGAUAAAUAAACAUGAUAUUAAUAUUAAUAUAAUAAAUACAUAUCAAACGUUUUCUAUUGGUUGUGCAUAGGCUUGUCUGCUAUCUACUUGCAGAUAGCGGUUAUUGUACCGAGUGUGUGGUGUGUUAUUGGCCGGGUGUUUUGGGACGUCCCAACACCUCCUCUCGCUUUUUUCCCUCCCUCCGACUGUGUGUGUGUGUGUGUGUGUGUGUGAGACCAGAAGUUCCUCGUUUUGCAUAGACCAGCCUCCCCAUUGGACAACUUCGACGUUUUUAGGGAGGAGUCUUACUGGCAGCAAAAAAAAGCAGAGAAGGGAAAGAAAUGAACGUGCACGAAAAAAGUCCCGCGUCUUGACGGAUGCCCUGAAGUUCAGAAACUUUUUCCAAUGCGUGCUUCGGCGAAGAGAAAGAGAGUAGAAGAGUGAGUGAGCGAGGUGGCUUCAUAGACAGUACCGAGGCCCUGGACGAGAACAUUUUGUGGACUUUUUUUGCUUCUCGUUGGACUCAUUGUUUUUGAUUUUUUUUUUAUUUUCUUAAAAAAAAAAAGGGAAAAGAAACAUAAAGUGGAUUUGUGUCGUUUCGGAUCUCUCUGUGGUGCUUUUCGGUCGUCGGCGGAAUAAUCACCAUGCAGGCGCGCUACUCUGUGUCGAGCCCUAACUCUCUGGGCGUCGUGCCGUACAUUAGCGGUGAUCAGAGCUACUAUCGCGCGGCGGCGGCCGGCGGCGGAUACGCGGGCAUGGCGACGCCCAUGAGCAUGUACUCGCACGCCGCGCACGAGCAGUACCCGGGAAGCAUGGCGCGGGCGUACGGGCCGUACGCGCCUCAGCCUCAGCCUAAGGACAUGGUCAAGCCGCCGUACAGCUACAUCGCGCUCAUCACCAUGGCCAUCCAAAACUCCCCGGACAAGAAGAUCACCCUGAACGGGAUCUAUCAGUUCAUCAUGGAGCGCUUCCCCUUCUACCGGGACAACAAGCAAGGCUGGCAGAACAGCAUUCGCCAUAACCUGUCGCUCAACGAGUGCUUCGUUAAAGUUCCGCGCGAUGACAAGAAGCCGGGCAAGGGCAGCUACUGGACGCUUGACCCGGACUCGUAUAACAUGUUUGAGAACGGCAGCUUCCUGCGACGGCGGCGUCGCUUCAAGAAGAAAGACGUUCUGAAAGAGAAGGAAGACCGGCAGCUCAAGGAGGCCACGUCCUCUCGCCAGCAGCCGCAGCAGCAACAGGGCCGCGAGCAACAGGAGCCGACUGCUGCACCACCAGUGCGCAUUCAGGACAUCAAGACUGAGAACGGUGCGUGCACGCCGCCGCAGGCCGUGUCACCCGCGCUCGGUGCGGUUCCUAAGAUCGAGAGCCCUGAUAGCAGCAGCAGUAGCAUGUCAAGCGGCAGCCCGCACAGUGUGCCGUCAUCUUCGGCUCGCUCCGUGGGCCUGGACGGCGGUGGUGGAGAGCCGCAGCAGCAGCAGCAACAGCAGCAGCAGCAGCAGCAGCAGCAGCAUCACACACACCACCACCAACAACAACAACAUCCACACCACGGGCACGGGCACGCGCAAGGCUUCAGCGUGGACAACAUCAUGACGUCGUUGCGCGGCUCGCCGCAGGGCGCCGGGGAACUCACGCCGUCUCUCGCGGCCUCCACGCGGACAGGUAUAAGCCCUUCGUUGUCCCUUAACUACUCACCGAGCCAGCCUGCAGCGUACAGCUCGCCCUGCAACCAGGGCGCCGUCUCCACUACCUCGCACGCCACCUACCACUGCAACAUGCAGGCCAUGAGCUUGUACGCGGCAGAGCGCGCCGGCACCACCGCCGCCAGCACCACCUCGCUUGACGAGACUUUGCCCGACUACUCCAUCACGACCACCGCCGCUUCGUCGUCCUCGCUGGGCCACGCCGGCCACCUUGGUUCAAGCCAGGAUGGACACCAUCCUCACUCGCAUCAGGGUCGCCUCGCCUCGUGGUACCUGAACCAGGCCGGAGACCUGGGCCACCUCGGCGCCACCUACCCGACGCAGCAGCAGA